AUGCCAAACUGGGUGACCGCUAACUCUUCUGACCAAAGCUCGGCGCCGAUCCUUCAUGCUCGCUCCUUGCAGCUGCUUGAGGUUCAGUCUAUAACCGAAGGACAGGGACAGGAUCCCUCCUCCGCUAUCGUACUUUCUCCCGAUUCUCCAUCUCACUCAACCCUGCCCAACCGCCCAUCAGUCCCUGACCAGCCUACUGAGCCCACUCAAACGAUCCAAUCUUCAACCUCUGCUGAUGUCAAUAUGCAUUCAAUCUUACCGCAACAGCCUAUCAACCAGCUCUCCCAUUUUGGUAGCGCUACACCUCAAGAGCAAUUCCCUGCCGUUACUCAUCCGGGACUACCAAAUGCUCCUCAACAGCAAUCUCCUCUUCGACGAGUAGUCUCUUCAGGAUCAGGAGGGCAGCGAAAUGGUUUUCAGAUGUAUGUCAAUUCGCAACAAAAUUUCUCCUCGCCCGACAUCACCGCCCGAUCACCCAUCAACGAUAUUACCGUUGGUCAAACAAACACGCCAAGAACGAACCCAUCGCCGACAUUCACCUCAUAUACCUUCAAGCUCAAAAACAAUCAGAUUGCUACUGUCAAUCUGUCACCAGAAUACGCGAUGCGAAGGCACAAAAUCACCAUGGGCAGCGGUUCGGUGCUACAACUAUCCACCAUUGAACUCCUCGACCGAUAUUCACAAUACCUCACUCUGGCUGAUCUGGAUAAAGUCGUCAAGGAUCCCAGAUAUAUAGCCACGCUGUUUGGCAGCGUGAACGGUACAAACCAACCUCAACCUCAGCAGCAGGGAAGAGUCAUCUCUCAACCCCUUCCACAGCAAGCUUCUUCAUCAGCGCACGCGAGCUCUUCCCGUCCAACCCCUUAUGUCGCUCCCAAUGGAUACGCUUAUAUCCCUCAAGAUACAUCUGCGCAAAUUCAGCAGUCUAUAGUCAAUUUGCAGAAUCAAGCUAGACCAAGCAGUCGACAGAGUGGAUCAGCCAGAGGUGGAGGGAGUGGUACACCUUUACAAAGUCCUAGGGAUGCGACGUCCAAUAUCACUAUUCCUCCGGAAGUGCAGGUCAUACAGCAGAAAUUGAAUGCCGAUGUUCAAGGUGUCGAACAGACAUUUGGACAAGCAUGGGACCACCUCCGUAUGGCCAUGAAUGAUGCUCUUCGUAAUAUGGCAUCAACAGUCACAGCUAUAAAACCACCAGCCGUUACAGAAGCUAUUACCAAUCAGCUUCGAGCUCAGUUAGUAGAAGAAGAGAAGAAAGUUCAUUUAUCACAGAUGACCGUACUUCGUCUGACCGAAAGCGAAAGUAAAGCCAGAGCUGAAUUGGCUGAAAUGAUGCAGCAACUGCAAACUGCAACAGAUGUGAGGCAUAAAGCUCCAGAACUUAAUACUGCGCUAGCUCGAGGUCUUGAAGAAGUGAAGAGGGCUAAAGAGGCAGGAGAAACGCAGAUCAUUCAAUUACAGAACCAAGUCAACGCACAAUCAGCCAAAAUCACUCAGCUUGAGUCGGAACAUCGAGACAAACUAGCUCAACUCGACAUAUCCCAUAUUGCUGUAGUUGCUAAUUUGAAGAGGGAACUGGCGGAAGCCGUUCAUAAAGCCAACCAGCCUGUUUUCGGUGCGCAUCCACCAGGUCCGCUUUCACCUAAAUCGCCCGCCGACCCAUCCUCGGAAGCUGCCAAACUUCGAAGUCUACUCAAGGCGAAUAAUGCAAAGUUCAUGGAGUUAGAAGAAAAGUAUAACAAGGAGAUAGAGGAACUUAGAGCUCAUGCAGGUAAAGACCCGAGGGAAAUCGAGAAGGACAUCAGAACAAAACUUGCUCAGACUAAUGAUGCGAAAAUAGAGAGAUUAGAAAGAAAUGUGAAAGAGCUCGAAGUGGAGAAGGAGAAGAUCGUGCACGAAAGAAAGGUGCAUGACCAGAGUAGGUUUGUUUUGGAAAAGAUUGUUCAUUGGGGUGAAAACCUUCAGAGCAAAUUGGGUCGUACAAAUGAGCAGAAUUCCAAGACCGAUGGAACUUCGGGUGGAACGACCAACGGCGAUACCACCAAGAAAUCAUUGGUGGAUCGAGCCAAUACCUUCGUUUCGGACAUGUCCAAAUUGGCUGAAAUGAUCCUGAAUAAUGAGAAAGACAGGAAAGAGAAGAUGAAGAAGUUACAAGGUCAGGUGGAAUCGAUGAAAGUGGAAUUAGCAGCUGCCCAAUCUGGCACUCCUCCGGUAUUUCCCAGCGGAAAAGAGCAGGCUGGGGAAGAAUGGAAAGCGGCUUUCCACAGACUGAUCUCUUGGGGUCACAACAUUCAAAUCCUGAUGGGCAAAACUGUCGAACCGUUCAAAGAGGAUAUGAAACCGAUUGAUAAAGCUGAACAAUUCCAGAAGACUAUGCAUACGAUAUUCGAAGAGAUUCAAUCUAGAGCUCAAAGUCGACCUAAAGAUGGUGAUCGAGAGAAAGUGAAGGAACUGGAAGGAUCUAUACAGACGCUGAGGAAUAACCUGCAAGCCAACCUGAAUGCUUUGUUGGCGAAGACUACCCAAUUGGACGAUACCACCAAGCACCUCCAGGACGCUCGAGACCAACUGAACGCGAGUGAGAAGACUUUACGAGAGGAGAUAGAUAAACAUAAGGAGACGAAGAAGUCACUAGAGGAGAGUCAGGCUGCCGAGAGGACCAAGACCGAUCAGCUGGACGAGAUGAAGAAGAAGUUGGAUCAAACUAGGACUUCUCUGCAGGAAAACGUCUCUGAGCUGCAGAGACUCACUCAAUCAAAUGCUGAAGUGCAGGCGAAAUUGAUCGGAACGGAGAAUCAACUAAGGGAGAAACAAGAAGAAUUAAAUGCCAGGGAGAAAUAUUACUCAUCGAGUAUCGAUGAACUACGAACUGAAUAUGAGAUCGAUGGGGGAUCCAUUCACAAGGGCGAUCCAGAGAUAAAGAAGCAGGUGGAAUCUCUCAAGGAAACGAUCGAAAGGCUAGAGCAAGAGAAAGGCGAAUUACAGAAAGAUCUGGAGAACGAACAGGAUAAUGUUGAUCGAGCCGAGGAAGCGAUGAGGGACGCUAUGAAUAAACAACAUAAACAGAGAGAGAAUUAUAUUGAAAUCGAGAAAGAACUUGAAAAUGUCAAGGAGGAGAAGCAUGGGUUGGAAGGUGAAAUGAAGAGGCUGCAAAAUCAACUGUCCGCUAUCAAGAGCACGAACAACACGGUCGUCAAAGAUGAGGAAAAUGAUUUCGAGAUUGUCCCCGGUCCUGCGUCAACCUCAACUUCCAAGGCUGUCCCGAAGACGCGACCUGAAACCCUGCUUUUCACCCCGGAUCUCAAGGAAUCUGACACACCUUCCAUAUCUCUAAUUGUCAGACCUUCACCGCUAUCUCAAUCACAACCUUCGACAAGUCAAGCUACUCCUGCUAACAAGAAGCCCGCCGGCACACCGCUAUUCCUUCCCAACGAAGAAGAAGAAGAUUCUCGAUCUCAAUCUGUGCCAACUCCUAGUGUAUUAGCUAGUACGCAAAGACCUUAUAAGAGGAAGAGAUUGCUUAAUGAUGAGAGCGAUGAUGAAGAAAACGUAAAACCCGGAUCAGGUCUAGAGGUUUCAGUCUCAGCAUCUAGACCGCCUUCGGUGGCCAGGUCCGUGACGUCCGUCCCGGCGUCAACCUACAAACCGGUUUCCAGAGAGUGGAUCAAGGAUCAUCUGGGAAUAACUACUCAGAAGAAUGGUGAUAGGGUAAGAUGUAAAUUAUGCUUCGUUAUGGAAAAGAAGAACCAACCUUUUGAGAGGUCCAAGACAUUCAAAGUGGAAGAUAUCCAACCUCUUCCUCUGGGUAUAAACGAAGAGAAACUUUUGGAUCAUAUCGUAUCUCACGGUGAGAUGUUGAGGAGGUUGAAGAAUAAGAGGGUCAAAGAUGGUAAAGAUAGACCUUCGCCUGAACCCAACUGA